AUGCGGACGCGUCCCAUGGCUCGUCAUCCAAGUUCGUGUGCGCCUUCACCUGCAGCAGGUUUUUCGCUAGAGAGAAUGACACACCAGACUUUGGACGAGCUGGGCAAGGUGUUCAACCCGGCCUGCUACGACUAUGAUUACCCGGGCUCCACGGUUUGGCCCACCCUGGAGGACAUCCCCGCCUCCGAGCAGUCCAAGGCGCUCCGCUGCAGCAGCGCCAUCGCGACGCCCCAGACCUCCCUGGCGCCCUUCAGCUCUGGCGCGGACGUUGUCCCGUUGUGCGGCGAGGAGUCCACGUUUGGCGAACCGCGCCAGGCAGUGUUGUCUGGUGGCCUGCGGCUGCCACGUCCCGGCCGCGCCGCCCGCGCCCUCCGACACGGUGCGGAGUUACCCCUGCUGGCGUUUACUAAACGGCCCUGGGCGUUUACUAAACAGCCCUGCCCUGUUCGAUUUGUUCUUUGA